UUGUUGUAUUAUUCACGUAGGUUAGUGUACCUUGUUUAUUAUAAAAAAUGUUACCUUCAAACAAAUAUAUCAGAUAGAUAAACAGAAAAUAAUGUUUGAAGAGAAUACGUUUUUACACUCUGCAUAAGCAUUCUCAGCCUGCAAAGCAUGAAACUGUCAACCUUCUUUAUACCAAAAAGAUGUGACACUCCUUACUGAUGAUGAAGAUUAUUUCUGAAGAAACAAUAAAACUGAUCGUCAUUAAUGUUCUGAUCGUCGUUCAACAAUUGAUCAAAAAUUCUCAAGGAAUUAUUCAAAUACAAAAAAGUUUGUCUAAAAAUUCAGAUUUAUACUUUCAUGCUAGAGACAAAGGACUCUUAUCUUUCCCUAACAAUAAUUUGCCUCAAUAUGUAAUUACACGAAAACUGAGAAAUGCUGCACCUUCGAUAUUUCCAAGUAGACAAAAAGACGGUGAAGUCUCAGAACACUUGAAAUCUUUCAUAGAAUCAAGUCAAGAUGGACAUGUUUUGAAUGAAGUGUAUUCUAACAGAGGAGAUGAUGCACAACAACAAGAGAUAGAAGAAGGUGUUGACGAUGUCAACCAUUGUGUUCCAAUUCAUGAGCCUAUUUGUCAUGGUCUUCAAUACACUCAUACUUGGUUACCGAAUUCAGUUGGUCUGACAACACAAGAAGAAGCAGCAAAACGCAUGAAUGAUUAUCGUUCUCUUAUCAAUGUUGGCUGUUCACAGUAUUUAAAAUUUUUCUUAUGUACAAUAUAUUUCCCAAUGUGUACUCCAGCGUUAAAUCCCCCAGCCGCUUUACAACCAUGUCAAAAUUUAUGUCGUUAUGUUCAGUCAAAGUGUGAGCCAAUAAUGAAGAGUUUCAGUUUCCCUUGGCCAAUUGAACUAAACUGUAAGUCACUACCAUCAGAUUCCGGAAUGUGUAUACAACCGCAAAAUUAUGAUCUCGAUAAGAAUGGACAAAUUAUUAGUCAAGGGAUACCAUCUGAAGCACAUGGAGCUAUCGCUGAAUUAUUACCUGAUUUUAGUGAAUUUUUGGCACAUCAAAGCGCACAAAAUCAACAUUUAAGUGGACAAAAUAAUCAGACUAAUAAUAACCAUCAAAAUUCACCUUCAUUGCAGGAUAAUCAGUCUGAGCUGAAAAAUUAUCAUCUACUUCAAAAGACUAGACUGCAUGCUUCAAAAUGCAGUAUUGUUGAAGUACCUUUGUAUUCAGAACAGGCUCAUAAUAAUAUCACAUGUGCACGUCGAUGUAAUGUUCACUUGUUUUACAGACCAAUUGAAAAACGUUUUGCUAAUGUUUGGAUGAUUGUUUGGGCAAUACUAUGCAUGGGAUCAUGUACACUGACUAUUGUCACUUUCAUCUUAAAUCGUACCCGUUUCACAUAUCCAGAGCGGCCAAUUAUUUAUAUAUCAGCAUGUUACUUUUUUUACUCUGCUGGAUUUAUUCUUCAUGCUCUCAUAGGCCGUGAUAUGGUGGCAUGUAGGAACAAGGUGGAAACUAUAUCACAAUCUUUAUUAUCCAGUGGAGCAUCGAAUGACGGGACAAAGAAAAUUCUUAGAAAUAUAGCCCACUCUAAAAAUAAUGUUAGCUUCCUGAUAACUUCUGGGCAUGAAGGCACAUGGUGUACCAUAGUAUUCCUUAUCCUCUAUUAUUUUAGUCAAGCUAGCUAUAUUUGGUGGGUUAUGUUAGCCAUAGCUUGGUUUUUGUCAGCCUCGUGUAAAUGGGGUUGUGAAGGUAUUGAGGCGGUCAGCAGUAUCCUUCACAUGCUCGCCUGGGCCUUACCAGCAUUAAAAACUAUCAUUAUCCUGAUUAUGCAUCGAAUUGAUGCAGAUGAGUUAACUGGACUAUGCUUUGUCGGUUACCAAAAUCCAACCAGUCUACUAACAUUUAUUUUACUACCACAAAUUAUCUACUUACUAUUGGGUAUUUUGUUUUUGUUUAUUGGAUUUUACUCAUUAAUAUCCGUUCGGUCGAAUCUCAGACAACACUCAAAGUAUUUAAAUAAUCCCAGCACCGCAACAGCUACAAUUAAAUCUAACUGUUGUAAUUCACAGUUUAAAGGAAAUCCAGUUGUAACUACGUCAACAUCAGCUGCUCCAACCACAGUGAUUAACACAUCCAGUCCAGUGAUCGCCUUCAACAAUGGCAAUAUAAGACGUUUAGAUAAGCUGAUGAUAAAAAUUUGUAUAUUUUCAAUGUUGUACAUUAUACCGACAGUCUGUGUUAUCGGCGUCAAUAUGUACAAUUAUAUUAAUUACCCAAAAUGGAUAAAAACACUUGAUCAGUUGGAUAAACAAGGAAAUUGUCUAACAGAAUUUGGUACAACUUGGUCUCUGAUCAAUCAAUGUCUAGGUGAUAAACAAUUUCCAUCUGUUGAAGCUAAUAUGCUACAAAUAUUCAUGUCAUUAGUUGUUGGUAUGACAUCAGGUAUGUGGGUUUGGUGUAACAGAAAGUCAUCUGAAACAUGGUUAAACUGUAUGAGAGGGAAGCGUAAAGAACUAUCUCAAAACAACUUCAACUUUCAUCACCAUAAAUGUGGAGGAGCUUUAAGUGGCGCUGGUUUUGUGGAUAAUCCUAAUAAUAAUAACAAUAAUAAUCACUUGUCAAAAAUCGAUCGGAAAAUACAACCAAUAAAUGCAGCAGAUUGCUGUAAUUCUAGAAACAGAUGUGCAAUGAACAGUCAGUGCACAGGUAAGAAUUCAGCAAAUUAUUUCAACUUUUCAGUAUUUGUUAGUUUUUACUAAUAAAUUUCACAAAUUUUAGAUUCAUUCAGAGGACUGGUCAGUCACUUAAUAUCACAUGCAGUAGUGAGAAUAAGUUAUAUAAUUGUGAUUGUUGUAGAGAAGUGCAUUUGCAGAACUUCAAUUUCUAUCGCAUUCUGAGAAGUCUACUUGAUUUCUGAAAUCGUGCAGUGAACUAAUAACACAACAAAUCACCAACAAAUUUGAAAGAUCGAUUUUGAAAUCUUGGUGAUUGUGAGCACUUUAAGCCGAAAUGUCUCAUUAGUCACCGGAACUCAUUUUCUCACCGCUCCUAUUCUUAUUACAAUAUGACUCAUAUUAGCAGGAACACUAUGAAUUUCGAAAGUUUGCAGAGCAAUAGUGGUCAAGUUAUGGGUGAUUCGUCUCAUUACUGCCAUCAACAUCACCAUCACCAACACCACGGAUUGGUAUCAACCACCCUGAGAAAUAUAAUGCCUUCUGGAUCAUUUGGUCUAUCAUCUGGAAGUGGUUCAUGCACAAGUGCUGUGCCAAUAUCAUAUGGUGGUAUAGGAACAAUGGACAUUUCCUUGGUUAACUCAAAUAAAUCUAACUAUUGUAUGCGUUCAUCACAAAGGCAGGCAAUUAAAACACGGCCAACAAACAUUGGGAGGCCGGAUAUCUGAUUCUCUAAGAAUGCUUCAAUAGUAAAUAUAAUGUAAAUUUUUAAUGUACUGCAUUAGUGAAAGUAUUAUGACUACAUAAAUAUGGAUGAAUAAAAAAAACAACAAAAUUUUAUUUACUGCAUUUUUAUAUUCCAAAAGCUUAAUAUCAUCAGCAUGCUUUAUUCCAUUAUUUACUUCAUCAAGUUACUUUGUAAAUGAUGUCAUUUUUAUGCUAUUUCUUUGUGUUAUCAACUUUAAAAGUAAUUUGCACAAAGUCAGACAAACACACUCCAUGCUCAUUUUUGUAUAUAGAUGAGUCUACUAAUAAUUUCAGCUACCCAUAAUUUAAGAAUAAUAUCUCUUCUUAUUUCCUUUGAACAGUGUUUUCGAUCAGCUGGAUACUAAUGCUGAUUUCACUUCAUAAAAACACUAACAUUAGGUCUAUUCAGAUGUGGCAUGGAAAUCGUGUCAAGAAUAUGCG